AUGAAUGUUAUAUCCCAUUUUGGUUUUGUGUCCAUCGUUAAACCCAAAAAUAUUAAGGAAGCCUUGUUGGAUGAUAACUGGAUUAGUGCUAUGCAGGAUGAGCAGAAUCAGUUUACUAGAAAUGAUGUGUGGUACUUGGUACCUCGACUGAGUAAGUGCAAUGUUAUAGGAACCAAGUGGAUUUUCAGGAACAAAAGUGAUGAAAAAGGAAAUGUGAUCAGAAAUAAAGCUAGACUAGUUGCUCAGGGAUACUCUCAGGUUAAAGGACUUGACUUUGAUGAGACAUUUGCUCCUGUAGCUAUAUUAGAAUCAGUUAGGUUACUCCUAUCUGUAGCAUGUCAUCUCAGGUUCACAUUGUUUCAAAUGGAUGUCAAAACUGCUUUUCUGAAUGGGAUUCUUCAUGAAGAAGUUUAUGUGGAAUAG